UCGACCCUCUCCUCAGUCCUCUCUUCUCCAACAACACACCCUCUCCAGUCUCGUCUUCUUGAAAGUUAAAACUUGGAACCCACCCAAUUUCUUCUUUACACUCUUCAUCACUUCAAACUCCGGCUGAAAACAAAGACCCCAAAGGACUAACCAAUGGCACCAAAACUGUCCCCACAUACUGUUCUGGCAUUCUGCUUCGUUCUGAUGCCCAGUUUUGUCGUUUCACAACAACCGCUCAACUCAGCCGAACAAGAAGCCGUAUACCAGGUCCUCCAUUCCAUCAACCCGGAGGUUCCCUGGCGCUCUCUCUUCCCCGACGAUUUAUGCUCCUCCGCUCCACACGGAGUCGUUUGCGACUUCUUCGAUGACAAUGCCACCGUUUCUUCACAUAUCACAGAGCUAAGUUUCGGCUACGUCUCCGACUACUCUCCUAACCCACCAUGCACGCCCGACUCAACUCUCAAUGCGUCCCUUUUCUCACCCUUCACUCACCUAAGAAAACUCUUUUUCUAUAAAUGCCUCACUGAAACCAGUGUUCCUUUGCCUGAUUUUUCCUCUCUCGGGCCUUCUCUGGAAGAACUUGUGUUCGUUGAAAACCCUUCUCUUCUUGGGUCUCUCAGCGGAAGAAUGAGUACCUUAACGAGCUUGAGGAGGCUAGUUCUGACCGGGACAAAUGUAUCUGGAAACAUCCCUGAUGGGUUUGGAAAUUUGAUCAACCUCGAGCAGCUCACGCUGUCGAGAAACAACUUCUCCGGCGAGAUUUCUCUAAAUUUUCAGAAGUUGAAAAAACUGAAAGUUCUUGAUUUGAGUCAAAACAGGCUUCGGGGGAAUGUUCCCCGAUCAUUGGGGAAUGGAUCGAUUGAACUGUUGAAGCUUGACUUGAGCUUUAAUGCGUUUUCGGGAAAAAUCCCAGAUAAUUUGAAAAGUUUGAAGAAUUUGGAGUUUCUGGAUCUGAGUUACAAUCGAUUUGGCAAUUUCGGGCUGCCGUUAUUUUUGGGAGAGAUGCCCAGCUUGAAGGAAGUGUACUUGAGCGGGAAUCUGCUCGGUGGGAGGAUCCCGGAGAUGUGGGAAAACCUGAGGGGUAUUUUGGGAAUGGGAUUAUCCGGCAAUGGUCUUGUUGGGAAUAUUCCAGCUUCGAUGGGGGUAAACUUGAGAAACCUGUGUUACCUGGGGCUUGACAAUAACAAGCUGGAAGGGACAGUGCCUGAGGAGUUUGGGUUAUUGGAAUCCGUGAGGGAGCUAAAUUUGGAGAACAACUAUUUGAGUGGCAAAGUCCCAUUUUCUGCGAAGUUUGUGGCUAAAAUCGGGGAUAAGUUAAAGUUGGACGGCAAUCCUGAACUCUGUGCUGACCAGGAGUUGAGGUCUGCUAAAGUUGGCUCUAGCGUGGGAAAAUUAAAGCCGUGCAACAAGCCAUAUAUUCCCACAUAUGCCCUUCUGCAUGGGGAUUCUCCACACCAGUCUUCUGCAUCUUGUCUGUCGAUGCUCAGUGGAUUUGUGUUUCUACUUUGGUUAUACAUGGACAUACAUUUGACUGUCAGCUGAACAAAGACCGUAGUUCCAACAGCACACAAAUUAUAGCACUAGUGACUUUGUUCAUAUGAAACUUUUUGGGCUUCAAGUUAGUUUUUUUUUUUUUUCUAAACUUUUUUUUUUGGGGUAAUACUACUGUUAUUAGU